AUGAAAAUUACAGAUCAAGAUAGUAGUUUAAUUGAACUAUUAAAAUAUAAAAUUAAAAGAGGAGAUAUAAUUUUAUUUGAUUUUAAUAUUCAACAAUUAAUACAAGUUUUUUCUAAAAAUGAACAAAUUAAACAUGAUAGAGAAUUCUUUAGAUGUUUAGUAACCUACUAUAAAGAGGAAUUAAUUUUUAUACCAAAUUUAUUAGAAUCAUUUUGUAAAUAUGGUAAUUUAAUAGCAUUAGAAGAAAUUACAAAUUUAGAAAAAAGCAAUAACAACAACAAAUAUAGUAAUAAUAAUAAUAAUAAAAUUAAUAAAAUUAUAUAUUAUGAAAAUUAUAAGGUUUCAAAGAAAGCAUUUGAUUUAGCAAUUGAAGUUGGUGAAUUUAAAAUUAUGGAUUUUUUAUUCAAGAAUCGUAAUGAAGGUUAUACAGAAAGAGAUAUUCUUGAGAAUAUAUUUUUAGAAAGUAAUAGUAGUAAAAUGUGUUUAGUUUUCUUAAAGUAUGCAUUAAAUACAAUGUCUAUAGAUUUGUCAAAAUGUAAAUCAAUUAAUAUAGAUUGUUAUUACCAUUUACAGGAUGAUUUAGAAAUUGCAAAUAAAUUAAAUGAAUUUGGGUUAAUUCAUUUUCAAGGAAUAUCUUAUCUUUAUCAUAAUAUACCUUUUCCAAUUUUAAAUACACCAAAUGAAUUAUUAAAUAUAGUUAAAUCAUUUUUAUUUAUUUUAAAAAAGUAUAUUUAUAUAAAACAAGAAGAUUACAAUGAAGAUUAUUUUAAUAAUGAAAAUUUUGAAUAUCCAAUACCAAAAAGACCACCAAUUGAAUUAAUUGAAAAUUUUAUAAAUAAUGAAUGUUUAUUUACAAAUGAAGAAUUAGAAUUUGAUAUUAUUUUAAAUUUUAAAGAAACUGAUAAAAGAAUUGAAAAAUUAAUUCAUUGGUAUAUAUUAUUAUUUGAACCCUAUGGUUUAUUCUCUGAAUCUGUUGAUUUAAUUUAUUCAUAUAUUGCAAAGUAUACUAAUGAUACAAUUGAAGAUAAACAAUUGGUUAAUAGAAUUUUUAAAAAUUCAAAUGAUUGGGAUAAAAAUUUAAUUUUUACAAUAAUAUUUUUAAAUUGUAAUUUUAAUUUAUUUAAUUCAUUUUUUAAUCGUUUCAAUAAUUAUAGUUAUAAUAAUAUUGCUAUAAAUGGUAUUAAAAUUGGAAUUUCUUCUUUAUUUUAA